GUUGGAUACAUUAUGCGCGCAGUUCGGUUCUACUAGCUACACACGUCGUACGCGUCCCCCGACCGACAGUCCGCACAGCCGAGUAAACCACGACCGGUGGACACGAGCCCAUUUUUUCCACCCCUCCGUGCCCAUACUUAUAUAAUUUUUCGUACGAUUAUAUUUCGGGCCUACAGAGUUAAUAUGACUGACAGCAAUCGUAAAGGCACGCACGUUGCUGUCGUAUGACGAUUUUCGAUGAUCUUUUUUUUUUCUUCUGUUUUUCUUGAGCUUCGUACAUUCUACUGGAUCCGUGUACAUGCGUUUAGCUGAUAUCUUUCUUCUCGAGAUAGAAGACCGUUUCGUUUCGUGUACGCGUGUGCUUCGUAUUCGUGUGUGUGUGUGUGUGUGUGCCCGAUAUCGCAACAAGGUUUCUUCCAUUUUUCCACCCUCUGCUGCAGCACUGUUCAAGAUCAUUACCACGCUAUAAAAACUACACAAGUUCGAUGUGGUGUUCGGUUCUACGAAAAUCAGUUCCAGGCAUGUGUCCCAGACGGUUCAUAAGCACGUGCUAGCUACAGCUGCCAGUACAUAGUCGCGGUGUAUAGUAUUAUUCAAACACCCCUGAGGAAGAAUGACACUACGAUUGUCGUCAUGAACUUUAAUUCAAUCGCCGAGCUAUUGCCAUGGAUGUUGUUGUUAUUCGUCUCGACCAGCUUAUCAACUCACGUUCCCAACAGUAAGGGGUUCGAUUGCAAAGGUCGAGUGGAACGGUGCGAAAGGAAGAAAGCGGCGGUCAGGAGACCCGUGUGCGGCACCGACAACAUUACCUACCCAAACAGAUGCGCAUUGUUACGGGUUCGAUGCUUCAACGACUCUCUCUUGCGCGUCAAGCACAGAGGACGGUGCAAAGAAAAACAACCCUGUUGGGUAGACCAGACCGUUAAGACAGUCGAUCCGACCAGAACGCCGGACUCGUACAUGCCCAGGUGCAAAGCAGACGGCACAUACCUCCGGAUCCAGUGCCAUAAAAAGGAUGGAUAUUGUUGGUGCGUCACACCGGCGGGAAAAGUGGUGCCUAAUACUAUUGUUAAAGGACAAAAACCUAAGUGUGACAUUGGUAGAGGUAAAUGGCGCAGAGGUUCUUCACGGAAAGGAAAUAAUUCCAGAAGAGAAUGUAGUAAAGAUGAUAAAGCAACAUUUGUCAGUAAUUUAGUCAGAAUAUUCCGAACAGAAUACAACCGGGAACAAUACACGGCAUUAAUGAGCGUGAGUGAUCGUUCAUUAAUGGACCCAAUGACGUUGGACAAACGAGCCGCUGAAUGGAAAUUCGGUAUCUUGGAUAUCGACAAGAACAACAACUUGACCAAAGUGGAGUACCGAGACCUGAAACGUCUAGUUCGUAAAGUGAUCAGACCAAAGAGAUGUUCUAGGACGUUCAUUCGCAUUUGCGACACCGAUCGCAACAGCGUAGUAUCGAAAACCGAAUGGACAAACUGUUUAUCGAUAGACGCGGAAACGUUAAGUAAAAGGACCACAACGAGUGCGCCGUCAACAACCACAACAACGACCACGACAACCACGACAACAACAAUUGCCCCAUUGGAUGACUACGAUGAUAAGGGCGACGAGAUUGGACUUGAGGAAGCUGAUCCUGAAGACAUACUGCAAGAAAGCGUAGCUACACUGAGCGGUACCCUUCCGGGACUGAUGGCCGAAGGAGAUCAAGAAGAAGAAUCCGAAGUUAAUGAUUGUUUAACUGACCGACAAGAAGCUUUAGACGAUUCAACGGCUUCGUCCCAUAAGUACAUACCAGAAUGCACAUCAGACGGUAGAUAUAAACGAGUUCAAUGCUACAAAUCAGUAGGUUACUGUUGGUGUGCCCAAGAAGACACGGGAAAACCAAUACCAGGGACAUCUGUAAAAGACUCUAACCCUAAGUGCGAUGGGGUUCCAUUACUUUCGCGACCAAUGAAAGGCUGUCCGGAACACAAAAAAAAUAUUUUCUUAAAAGAUCUCAUGGAUUAUCUAAAACAAAAACACAGUAAAAACAACACUUUGUUUCCGAAUGACUAUGAAUCUAUUAUAUCGGACAUUUUUCAUUAUUUGGAUACAAACCACAAUAAAGUUUUGGAACGCAAAGAAUGGAAAAGUUUUCGUGAAGAAAUGUCAGGUGAAAAUAAAUUAAGACGAUGCGGAAAAAAAUUACCUCGGCAUUGUGAUGUAAAUCAUGAUAAUAAAAUUAGUUUUACCGAAUGGUUAAACUGUUUAAAUGUAAACCAUGUUCAAACUCAGACACAACUGAAUGAAACCAGUACAACUAUAAUUGCAAAAAGGAGAGGUCCUAAUCCUCUUGAGUCAUACCUUAAAGGUGAUGACUGAUGAUUGACUGAAUGAAUAAAAAACAAAUAGAAUGCAGCAAAAUGAAUUUAUUAAGACUGUUUGUAAAUAUAUAUAUUGUAACAGC